GCACCCCCGCGACCUUCUUGAGAAUAAGUGGUAGAAAAUGAAUGAAUGAACGUUCGAAUGCUGUCUUUGGGUGAGAGGCAGGGUGCACCCGCCAAUCGCAUUAUAAUUAAUCAUACAGGCAAUGAAUCUGGAUUAACACAUUUUUCAAUGAAUUUAUAUUUAUGACAUAUUAAAAUUGUUACAAUGGUGUGGUUUGGACACUGAUUCUGGCAUUUAUAACAUAAAACCUCCUGUUGUAAUAAAUUCUGUGAUUAGCUCAAGUGAAUGUCAUUAGUUAAUGAGCAGUAACAGACAGUUGCACGGUGCAAAUACACAACACUGUAUGUUGCAUUAUAGCGCAUCUCCAAUUGCAUCAUUUGAUGAAAGCAGGCGGGGAAAAUUGACAUCCACAGUUUUUAAUAUGUUGCGUAACCAAUUUAAGCAGCAUCUGCAAACCAGUAAGUAGGUCGCAUUCCUUGUAGACACAGCAGCGAUAUUUUUUUUUCUCAUGUGCUUCCAUUUUCAGGCUCCAUCAGAAUUCCCUCUCAGAGAGAGCAGCCACUGGUUCACACAGUUCCCUCUUGACCAUCAUCCAGUGCUGCACCACCUCUCCUCCAAUUGAUCUUGUUUCUUGUCCUCCUUACUUUCAUCACUGGGCUUUUUUCCCAACUCUGCUUUUUUUCUUAAUUUUGACUUUCAGCAUUACCUUUGUCUUCUCAUUCUCUCUCCCUCUUGCUCAUCUUGGAGACAGUGGCUGAAAGGCAGCCUUCAACGUAACUCAUUGGCCGUCACGCUGCUCCGUUUAUGCGCUCCAUCCUCUCUCUUCUGCGCUAUUGUGCACUGCACUGCUUCUCUCUCUCCUUUUUCUCACCCCUCUCCUCCCUCUCUCUCUCUAUCAUCCUUUCCCUACCUGCAUCCCUCUCACACUGCACGCUCUUAUCUCUUGAGUGCGUUCCUCAGCUCUGCUUCACUUGGAGGAAAUACCACACACUCUUGUUUUUGUCUCUCGGGUGGAAGUGGAAAUUAAUGCUCCUGGUUUUCCAGCCUUUCCUCGGACUCUGUGGAUCUGUGGGGGCCUGAGGAGUGGGAGAGGGUGGGAGGGAGGGUGUUGAGAAAGCUGCUCAAGUGGGCGCUUCUUCUAGGCUUCUACCAAGCGGUGAUUGUGGUUGAUGGUUGCGCCUGAAGGGUCAUGCCCUGGGACUUGUGCGCUUUACGGUGCUUGGAGUUGGAGAUCCUCUCCCAUUUUUGCCCCCCUUGGUGGGGCAACCUUGAGCCUGGUGCCGGGGGAAGCUUCCAGGCACCGGUGGCUGCACCGUGAAGAGUGGGCACCAUGAACCAACUGGAUGCGCCACGGCCACUCAACUGGACUAUCAGAAAACUGUGCCAUGCAGCCUUCCUGCCAUCUGUACGUCUCCUCAAGGCACAGAAAUCAUGGAUAGAGAGAGCAUUCAGCAAGAGAGAAUGUGUUCAUAUCAUUGUGAGCGCCAAAGACCCCCAUAGGUGCUGUUGUGGUCGUCUGAUAGGUCAGCAUGUGGGCCUGCCCCCGGGCAUCUCAUCUGGUCAGAAUGAUAAGGCAGAACGAUUGGCCAAGAAUGACAGUCUGUCUGAGAAGUGGUCCAUCAGCAAACACACUCAGCUCAGUCCCACCGAUGCAUUCGGCACCAUUGAGUUCCAGGGGGGAGGACACUCCAACAAAGCCAUGUACGUACGGGUGUCUUAUGACACCAAACCAGACCUGCUACUACAUCUGAUGACUAAAGAGUGGCAGCUGGAACUGCCCAAGCUGCUCAUCUCAGUCCACGGGGGGCUGCAGAACUUUGAAUUGCAACCUAAACUCAAGCAGGUUUUCGGCAAAGGGCUCAUCAAGGCUGCCAUGACAACUGGAGCCUGGAUCUUCACCGGAGGGGUCAACACAGGGGUCAUUCGUCAUGUGGGUGAUGCGCUAAAAGACCACGCCUCCAAGUCCAGGGGAAAGAUCUGCACUAUUGGCAUCGCUCCCUGGGGCAUCGUGGAAAAUCAGGAGGAUCUUGUUGGAAAAGAUGUGGUGCGUCCGUACCAAACAAUGUCCAACCCCAUGAGCAAGUUGACCGUUCUUAACAGUCUCCACUCGCACUUCAUCCUGGCAGACAACGGCACCACCGGAAAGUACGGAGCUGAGGUCAAGUUGCGACGGCAGUUAGAGAAACACAUCUCCCUGCAGAAGAUCAACACACGUAUUGGUCAGGGUGUGCCAGUGGUGGCUCUCAUUGUGGAAGGAGGGCCCAAUGUGAUAUCCAUAGUGCUGGAGUACCUCAGGGACACACCCCCUGUCCCUGUAGUGGUGUGUGAUGGCAGCGGAAGAGCGUCAGACAUCUUGGCGUUUGGUCACAAAUACUCAGAGGAGGGAGGCAUAAUUAACGAGUCUCUGCGAGACCAGUUGUUGGUGACCAUCCAGAAAACGUUCACCUACAGCCGCACACAGGCUCAACAUCUGUUCAUCAUUCUCAUGGAGUGCAUGAAGAAGAAGGAGCUGAUAACAGUCUUUCGGAUGGGCUCAGAAGGUCAUCAGGACAUUGACCUUGCAAUCUUGACUGCACUACUCAAAGGUGCCAACGCUUCAGCUCCUGACCAGUUGAGUUUGGCUCUCGCGUGGAACAGAGUUGACAUUGCCCGCAGUCAGAUCUUCAUCUAUGGGCAGCAGUGGCCUGUUGGUUCCCUGGAGCAAGCCAUGCUGGAUGCCUUAGUUCUGGACCGAGUGGACUUUGUCAAGCUGUUGAUUGAAAAUGGAGUCAGCAUGCACCGCUUCCUCACCUUGUCCAGGCUGGAGGAGCUAUACAACACGAGACAUGGCCCAUCCAACACGCUGUAUCACCUUGUCAGGGAUGUCAAAAAGGGAAACCUGCCCCCAGACUACCGCAUCAGCCUCAUCGACAUUGGACUGGUCAUUGAAUACCUCAUGGGCGGCGCCUAUCGUUGUAACUACACCAGAAAGAGAUUCAGGACUCUGUACCACAACCUUUUUGGACCAAAGAGGCCCAAAGCCUUGAAACUGCUGGGGAUGGAGGAUGACAUGCCAAUCCGAAGGGGCCGUCAAAAAACGACACGCAAGAGAGAAGAGGAAGUGGACAUCGAUUUGGAUGACCCCGAAAUUAACCACUUCCCUUUUCCCUUCCACGAGCUGAUGGUAUGGGCCGUCCUGCUAAAACGUCAGAAGAUGGCACUGUUCUUUUGGCAGCACGGCGAAGAGGCCAUGGCCAAAGCCUUGGUAGCAUGUAAACUGUGUAAAGCCAUGGCCCAUGAAGCAUCCGAGAACGACAUGGUGGACGACAUCUCACAGGAGCUUAACCACAACUCCAGAGAGUUUGGCCAGCUGGCAGUGGAACUUCUGGACCAGUCCUAUAAACAGGAUGAGCAGAUGGCCAUGAAGCUCCUGACGUAUGAGCUGAAGAACUGGAGCAACGCCACCUGCCUGCAGCUGGCGGUAGCGGCUAAGCAUCGGGAUUUCAUUGCGCACACCUGCAGUCAGAUGCUGCUGACAGACAUGUGGAUGGGACGACUGCGUAUGCGCAAGAACUCUGGACUGAAGGUUAUCUUGGGUCUGCUCUUGCCACCGUCCAUCCUUAGCCUGGAGUUCAAGAACAAGGAUGAGAUGUCUUACAUGCCCCAGGAUCAAGAGGCAUAUUUGCAGGAGAAGGAGGAAGAGGAACCAGAGAAGCCGGUCAAGGAGAAAGAGGAGGAAGACAUGGAGUUCACAGUAAGAUCUUACUGUGAGGCGCAGUACAACUCCGUGGCGAUGCUGGGAAAGGUAACCACGGAGACAUCCAGGAAGAAGGAUGUCGAGGAGGUUCAGAACCGCCAUCGCCUCAUCCCCAUGGGGCGCAAGAUCUACGAAUUUUACAACGCUCCAAUCGUCAAGUUCUGGUUCCAUACGAUGGCUUAUGUAGGCUACCUAAUGUUGUUCAACUACAUUGUCUUGGUCAAGAUGGACUUGUGGCCUUCCCCUCAAGAGUGGAUCGUCAUCGCUUACAUCUUCACCAAUGGCAUUGAGAAGAUGAGGGAGAUCCUUAUGUCAGAGCCAGGAAAGUUGUUACAGAAGGUCAAGGUGUGGCUUCAGGAGUAUUGGAACAUCACAGACCUCAUGGCCAUCCUCAUAUUUUCUGUCGGCAUGGUUCUGCGUCUCCAGGAGCCCCCGCUCAUGAGCUAUGGACGGGUCAUCUAUUGUGUCAACAUCAUCUACUGGUACAUCCGGCUGCUCGACAUCUUUGGUGUCAACAAGUACCUGGGUCCCUAUGUCAUGAUGAUUGGCAAGAUGAUGAUCGACAUGAUGUACUUUGUGAUCAUCAUGUUAGUGGUGCUCAUGAGCUUUGGGGUGGCACGGCAGGCCAUCCUCAACCCCAAUGAAGAUCCAUCUUGGAUGCUGGCAAGGAACAUCUUCUUCAUGCCUUACUGGAUGAUCUAUGGAGAGGUGUUUGCUGACCAGAUUGACCAUAUGCAUAGUAGGAAGUUACAGCAAAGGCUGAAUGAAAAACUCUGGCUGGUCGAAAAUUACUUACGAACACAUGGAACCUGGCGUAGUAGUGGUCCAUCCCACAUUGCCCAGUGCACUCAAAAUCCCACCCCCUGUGGACAGAACAUCACCACAGAAGAUGGAGUGGUGGUGGCUUUGCCUCCAUGUAAGACGGGCGCCUGGAUUGUCCCCGCCAUCAUGGCUUGUUACCUGCUGGUGGCCAACAUACUGCUUGUCAAUCUACUCAUCGCUGUGUUCAACAAUACCUUCUUCGAGGUGAAAUCCAUCUCCAAUCAGGUUUGGAAGUUUCAGCGUUACCAGCUCAUCAUGACCUUCCACGAGCGCCCAGUGCUUCCUCCACCACUCAUCAUCUUCAGUCACAUAACCAUGGUGCUUAAACACCUGUGUUGCCGCUGGCGCAAGCAUGACGACGACGAGAGAGACUAUGGAUUGAAGCUUUUUAUCACCGAAGAUGAGCUGAAAAAAGUCCAUGACUUUGAGGAGCAGUGCAUAGAAGAAUACUUCAGAGAGAAAGAUGACCGAUUCCACUCUUCUAAUGACGAGAGGAUCAGAGUCACUUCUGAAAGGGUGGAGAACAUGGCAAUGCGUCUUGAGGAAGUCAACGAAAGGGAACACUUCAUGAAGGCCUCACUGCAGACGGUUGACAUCCGCCUGGCACAAAUGGAAGAGUUGAUUGGACGAAUCGCCGUGGCUUUGGAGCGCGUGACGGGCGUGGAACGCGGGGAAGUCAACAAAGUCCGAUCCCGGACAUCAUCUGACUGUACAGACUCCGCAUACAUCCUCCGUCAAGGGGAUUGUGCGGACACAGCCUACAUACUUCGCCAAAGCAGCUUCAACAGCACUGAGGGGGCUGCAUACCGUUUGCAGGAGGCGCUUGAGGGCACCGCUGAAGGCUCCAUGUCCCCUCCCUCUCCUACCAGCAUGGCGACACGGACCAGAAGCCAUUCAUUUUACGCCGGAGGUGGUCGAGGUGGUGAACGUGGGAGUGGUGCGGAACGAGCUGAUAGCUUCUUCAAAGAACGCUCUCUUAGUCUCCAUCGAGCCAACAGCUCACAAUCUGUAUCAUCAGCAGCUGCCACCAAAGAGUCUAAGCCCCUCCCCCUGGCGACGUUGUCUGUCUCCCAGCAGCACCGUCCGUCAUCAUGCAUUGAUAUCUAUGUGUCCACGUCUGAAGAAGUGGGGCCCUCAGAGGUUUUUCUCGAUCCUCUGCGUGUGGUCCCACCGCUCCAGAGAGAGGCGUCGUUGCAUUCUGACACCAUUGAGAUGGUGCUGCCGGGAGGCCGGGACUUCAGCAGCGCCAUCGUCAGCGGUAUGGGUGACAGGCACUCAGAGGGCAGUGCAGGCAACAGUGGGAACGCCGGAGCCUUGUUUGAUGAUAGCGCGGCGGCUGAUUUGUCGUUGUGCUCAUCUCAUCUGCUACCAGACACCACCUUAGCCCCUUGGGACGUGGAACCAUCGCCGCCCCCCUCCGCAGGGCCACUUGAGCGUUCAAAGAGCAGCCGCCUCCUCUCGACAGUCGGCACAUCUUUCCUGGAAGAGCCUCCUUUGGUCAAGUCCCACAGCCUCAUGUUCACGCCUAGAAGCUGCUAUGGCGGACUGGGGGCGGGCGUCCAGGUAAAAGCCGCAGAGUACACCAGCAUCACUGACUGCAUCGACACACGAUGUGUGUCAUCGCCGUACACCCCUGUAGAACGCUCACACUCCCCUGGAGGGUCCACAUCAUUCCCCUUUGAUAAGCCCGCAGACAUUGGGUCCUCUCAUCCAGAGAGAGAGGCCGAGCUCAGUCACACGGAGUCUGAUCCAGAGGACCCCGAGGACCUGAUCCCAGCACCUGAUACCCCUCGUUUAGGAACCCUCAGUGGACCCGGCGGGGCCCCUCUCUGCUCCCCCUUCUCCAGGCUGGAGCGAGCAAACAGCUGCUCUUCAGACGACUCCCAUCCUUCGCUCACGCUGGCCCCUCCGCACAGGAAGAGCUUGUCGGUGAGUGAGAGGAUGGAGAGGGGACCGGGUCUGGGGGCAGACAGGGGGCCUGGCCCUGGGGGGCGGGGUCUGGCGGGAACCAGAAACCCCUUCCUCAGGACCAAGACCGGGGCACGACCUGACACAGGCAAGGCUGACAGCCUCUCUAUGAGGAAGCUGGCCGCUCCAUCAGCAUUCCGGAGCUUUGAUAGACAGAACUACACGUGACAAGACACACACUCACACACACAUACACACACACUGGAAAGACCAGAGAAGAGGAGCGCAAAGGGAAAGCAUGCAAGUGGGGUGAUUCUUGCCCGUAAGUUUCAGUCUGAACCAAAUCUGGAGUGCGUUUGGGAUCAGGUGCUGGUCCUUCAGUACACCUGUCAAACCAAAACAAAGAGCUAUUUAGAUUUAGAUUUAGACUUCACUCCCUCUUCUCUUGUUGCUAAUUUACUCAUUUUCAGUGGAAGCUGUGUUUAUGCCAUGUGUCUUCCACCCUCCAUCUUUACAUCAUCUUUGUCUUUGUCUCACGCAGAUCUGUGCAGGAAAGAAACUGAAACUUCAAACGUACAACUAAGAUAAAGAAGUACAUUUAACCCGAAGCAAGCAAACAGAGAAAUGUAGUUAGUUCGUUAAGUCAUUAAGAGACCCCCAGCACUAUGUAAUUGGCAUGGCAGCCCCGAACUAUCCCUCCAUUCAUCCAUACACUAAUCCUGUACAGGUUCACCGCAUAGGCAUAUACAAUGGAUUGAUAGCAGCCAGCUAUGUGAAGCAUUACACAUAACCUUCCUCACUGUACCAUCUAAAGUAGCUCACAUUUAUUUGUUCUGUCAACCCAGCAAGAAACUAAAAGCACAGCUUUUACACUCUGCAGUCAAAAUGUGACAACUUUAUGAUGUGCAAUGUGUCAAGUUGCACCUUCAAAACAGUAAACACAAGGUCAAAUUGCCACGUGAUAUGACGGAUAAAUAAGCACCAAGAUUGAUGUUGACUUUAAAGCUAGUGUGUAAAGGAAGAAGAGCGACAGAAGACAAUAUAUUUGUAAAAAAAAAUACAACCAACCUUCAACCAAAGAAUAUUUGUUGUUUUCUGGCCCCUCAACAUUCAGGUUUUACAUUCACUUAUUUAUAAUGGAUCUGCCUUUUUGUCUAAAUGUCAUUCAUUUGCUUUUAUUCAAGCAUGGGAUUAUGAGUUGACAGAGCCCAAGGUGAAAUUACACCCACCAUUACACGCUUUCCAGUAAAUUCUUCCAGUUCAGUGUUCAACUUGCGGUAUAUUAUUGAGGCCAUAGUUUGCACCAGACCAGUACUGUUCAAAACACCACAGGCUUUGUUGUUCGAGUUAACUUUUUCACAGGAGACAUUUUAACACAGCAAAAUAGUAGAGAUACGGAUUAUGCAAAAAAUAUAUUAAUUUAUUCAUUUUCGACUGCUUAUCCUCGCGAGGGUCAUGGGCAUGCUGGAGCCUAUCCCAGCUGUCUUCGGGCGAGAGGCGGUGUACACCCUGGACUGGUUGCCACAGGGCACAUAUAGACAAACAUAUAGACAAACAACCAUUCACACUCACAUUCAUACCUAUGGACAAUUUGGAGUCGCCAAUUAACCUAGCAUGUUUUUGGAAUGUGGAAUGAAACCGGAGUACCCGGAGUAAACAUGCAAACUCCACACGGAGAUGCCCGAGGGUGGAAUAGAACUCGGGUCUCUUAGCUGUGUGGCCUGCACGCUAACCACUCGAGCGCCGUGCAGCCGCAAAAAGUAUAUAUAAAUACAAAAUCAUUUUUCAUCAAGCAUUGGAGAAAGGUGGUGCAUAAGCCAAGGAAGAACCCUUUAAAUUCUGGUGAAGGUUACAGCCUGACUGUAUAUCAUCGUGCAUCAGGGGUCUCAAAGUCAACUGAACUGUGGGCCGCUUGGGAUAAAGGGUCUGGGCGAGACUGGGCCGCAUCAAGUAUUCAGUACGGAAUCCCGUUUCAACCAAGUGACUUGUCAAUCUUGUCAACAAACGGCACCGGAAGCUGUCACAAGCCUAAGCUUGCGAAGCUAAGUGAUAGAUAUAAUAAAAUAUAAUAUUGUGACACUUGACUAGCACAGGAGAUGAUCAUAAGCACUUGCCUGAAUAGAAGUUGUUCGUUUUAUGGGGGCGAACAGUAGCCAAAGCAUAACAUAACAUAACAUAGUCUGACUCAGGGUGCCAUUAAAGAAAUAACGCUUAUAACCAUCACAUCGCAACCUGCCACACAACAGGGCAACUACUACUACUAGUGAAGAAUAAUAAAUAACAACUACCUGAACGGUAAACAUUUACUUUGAGCAACUAUUCACAAAAUGGUACCGCAAGGCAUGCUGGGAGCUGACGUCACUCCUGUCGCUGGGACACUGUUGCCAACUCCUCAGUCAGCACAUCUGUCCUGUAACAUCAUGUGAGACUGUAGGUAAAAAAAAAGCAUAACCUCAAAGGAGACAUAAAAAAGUGAGUAAAAACACAUAAAUUAACAAUUAGAACUUUAAAUAAAGUUAAUAUUUAGUUUGUGCAUUUAAAAUUGGCCAUAAUAUCAUCAAAAUAAAAAUAAUGUUAAUAUUUCAAGUCUAAAUAAUAGAGUACAUCUGUACUCAACUCCAGCCUCUACCCUUUAUCUUGCAGUUAUGACUACUGGUUUUACUUGGUUCUCCCAUCGCACCCUGACAGGCAAGUAACACAGCCCAAAUUAGGCUUGAGUGUAAUGAGUCAAGUUUUUUAAAAGAAACAUUUACAAAUCCAAUCCCAUUUGUGAUUCAUGGAUGCUCUCAGUGUGCAGCGGGACCAGACAGUGCCCUGACGGCUUGUGGGUGCUUUGGGGGUGGGGCGGACCUCACAGGACCACCUGCUCCGGCUGCUUAGUGAAAACACAAACUGCAGAUCAACACAUGUUGCCAUCUUUAAGUCCCCAAAUACCAGAAAACUCUCCAACGAUGCCAAAAAGAGUAGUCAUAUUUGUUGCUCAUUGCUUUUGAGAAAAUGUGUUGUCUAGAGCGUUUGGAAUGUCGUCGGAAUUACCAGUAGUUACCACUAGUUUGGAAGACUGCAAGCUUUGCAAAACAUAUUUGGGAGAAUUGUAAAGUGUGGGCCAUACUUACAAUAACUUUGAUCUACAGUAACAAGUCGCCUGCAAUCAGGUGGACAAACCAACACAAAUAUGACAAUCUCAUUUGUUUACAAUGAUUUGUUUUAUAUAUAUAUAUAUAUAUAUAUAUAUAUAUAUUGUUAUAUAUAUUGUUUCACAUAUAAUGUUGGCCUACUUUUACAGUACUGUGUAUGGGUAGGAUCGGAUAAAGAGUGCCCAAUUCAAAAGCAAUAAUAAAAGAAAAACAAUCUUUCUGAGAGCAAACACAAUUGAAUUUAAUUUGAUUAAAACUACAAAUGCAUUUUACCUGGAAAAUAAAACAUGCCUCAAUUUUGGAGGACUGUAAAAAGGGAAAAAUAAUUAGCAGAUAAAAAGGUUUAACUUUUUCACAGGAGACAUUUUAACACAGCAAAAUAGUAGAGAUACGGAUUAUGCAAAAAAUAUAUUAAUUUAUUCAAUUUCGACUGCUUAUCCUCGCGAGGGUCAUGGGCAUGCUGGAGCCUAUCCCAGCUGUCUUCGGGCGAGAGGCGGUGUACACCCUGGACUGGUUGCCACAGGGCAUAUAUAGACAAACAUAUAGACAAACAACCAUUCACACUCACAUUCAUACCUAUGGACAAUUUGGAGUCGCCAAUUAACCUAGCAUGUUUUUGGAAUGUGGAAUGAAACCGGAGUACCCGGAGUAAACAUGCAAACUCCACACGGAGAUGCCCGAGGGUGGAAUAGAACUCGGGUCUCUUAGCUGUGUGGCCUGCACACUAACCACUCGAGCGCCGUGCAGCCACAAAAAGUAUAUAUAAAUACAAAAUAAUUUUUCAAUCAAUUAGCAGAUAAAAAGGUUUAACUUUUUAUCUUGUAUUCCACAAAAAGUUCAGUGUAGUUUUCUUUAGAUAAGAUAGAAUAAAUGAAAGUAUGUAGAAUUCACUAGCAUGAACGUAAAGACUUAGUGUUAGUAAAUGAUGAAAUACAAUACAUCCUUCCACAGAUGGGCACACAUGUAAAGUGCCUUCCAAAAACAAUCCCAUAUCAUUGGCAUGUCAAAGGUCACCUGGCUGGUUUAGAAACAAUGCUUUAAAUGGAUGCUUAUGUUAAUUUUUUGCAUGUGCUUGACUGACAGUCAUGGUUGACUCCGAAUGACCAGAAUCAUUCAUUUUUGAUUCGUUCUGGCCCUGUAAAAGAGGACCCACUCUAUUUGUAGACACGAAGGGCUCUUUUUAAGCUAAUUCUACAUAAAUCAGGUCAUGACUAUAAACUUCCCCUCCCUAAAUCUCACACUCUUUUUAAUAUCAUAUGUACACUUUAUUCUAUACUACUUUUUUUGUAUAUCAUAGUUAACAGAAGAGUUGUCAUUAUUGACAAUGACAUUAAAUACCCAUUUGAUUUACAAAGAAACUAUUUAUAACCUCUUGUUAAUGAUUUUUAUCAUUUUCUAAUUUUAAAUGGAAAAAAAAGCAAGACAACCGCCUACAUGCACUAAAUGCUGAUGUAUUAUUUCUGAAAUAUAAUGUUUUAAUGGACUGUACAAAAAAUAGUUUUUAUUGUAUGUUUGAUCAAGCAGCUUGUAAUGAAAAUAAAUCUGAUGACAUGGCAAUGCACCGCACUUCGAUACCAAGAUUUAGUCGCGUGCCUUCUGGGCAUGGAUGAAGUAUGUUGGAGGAUGAGUCGAGUCCCAUAGUUCUGAUUUGUUUUAUUUCCCCUCUCAUCGUAAAAUCCAAAUCUAAAUGAUUGAUGUAAGCAUGUGGCCUCAGCACAGACAUCUGCUUUUGCUCUUUCAAUGCGGCGUAUAAGCCACCAUUGUAUAUAUGGAUAGAACACCAAAAUAACUUCAAAUAGAGAGAUGAAGGCAAAAGGUAGCAUUUGCUAUUGAUUGAUGAGUCAUUGUAGUGUUUCACACCAAGCAAUAUAUUAAAUCUGAAGUGAAACUACAACACAGCUACCAGUAAAUGACUUCAAUACCUGAAAGAUGACAGUGUUGUCUAUCUAAUAUACUAUAUGUAGGUUUACGACAGUGGAGUGCAGUGGAACCUCAAAGGUCAAGCAAAAUCCACACUUGUUUGGAUUUAAAAUCAAUUGUUACCAAUGGAGAACAUGGAAAUUGUUUUGCCAUUCGUGAAUAUGUUUCGGGGUCAAGGUGCCACCAUCCGAUUAUAUAAAAUAAUGAUAAUAAUUCAACCACAAUUAAUUGACUGUUGAUUUUAUCCCAUGGUCAAUCAAGGAAAUAUAGUCAAAUGCCCAUCCUAUCUCUCAUGAUGUAUAUGUAAAAAUAAGAUUUUUCAAACAUUGUCAUUGUCAUGCAAGCGUAAAAAGAGGUUAACAACCUUUGACAACAAGUGAUGACUUCUUAUAUUUUUCUUCACUGCAAGCAAGAUAAGCAUGAACAAAGUAAUCUGCCAAAAGGGCAACAACAUUUUUACUAAAAUGCAAUUUUACUGUCAGUGACAUUUUCUUGUUCUGCUGGCAGGUUAUUUUGCUUAUAUUGAAAACAUUAAAAGAUAAGCAAAUUGGUCUCAAAAAAUACAUCUGUUGUUUUUUUGUCAAAUUUUUUUGUCAAAAGUAUGCCCUUGUUGUGGUCCUUCUAUAAGUUGAUCCUAUACUGAAAGUUGAAAGUUUUGUGCAACUUUGGAGGUAUAUUUUUGCUGAAAAUGUCUCUGAUAUAUUGCCUUGACUUUUGAGGUUCCACUGUGUUUGAUUGAUAAAGAAAUGUGACAGGGAUGCAAGUUAGUAAAUAUGAAUGGAUAGACAGGAAUAUAUAGAAUAUAAUCACUGUCAGAAUGGACCCGAUGUCUUCACAUCCAUGUGUCAAUACCCAAUCAACAAUGGGAGUUUUUUCCUGAAACAGACAGCCGUUGUUAGCCUUCCUCUGUUGAGCCUUUUCAGCCAAAGCAAAGAAACCAAGUGGCGAUGUUCGGCGCUGCUGUCUGCGCAACUGAGGCCUCAUGUAGGCAUCAUAUAGCCGAGCUCUGUUUGCACACUGAAGUCUGAAAACAGAUGUCAGGCUCGCUUCAACCCUCACUUUCUUCGAUCCAUACAUGUGGAAUUGUGCAAUAGCUUCAGUCUAAAGAGGGAAUUGUACUGUACUGUAUGUCUGUGUGCACAUUGACUUCUGAACAUCCGACACAACCUCAGUGUACAGUAUUUUUUCAAGUAUUUUCCUAAACAUUUGCUUGUGGCGCAUACGCUGAUAAUCAGCACAUUUACUCAUCCUACUUUGAUGACCUUCAAGAGAAGUCCACGCACAUGUUUAUUCCACCUUGCAAUAAGACCUAGUGUCCCACCUGGUCACACUUUAUUUAAUAAAGUCCUUAAGAAGCAUGCAGUUCUCCCACUCAGAGUGUACAGAGACGACCCCUAAAGAUGACAGAGGAAGAGAGCGCCAGAUUAUUAUAUGAAAUCAAAGUAGUGAGUAUUUGGAUGCAAAUACAAAUCUGUAUUCUUAAAUGUGAAUAGGAUCAUGUCUGGCAUGCAUUGUUAAAUAAACAAAUAGAUUGCCAAACAAUCUC